AUGGAGCUCACCACCAUCUGCCUUACCGCUCUUAUCAUAGGUUUCCUUCUCAUUGGAAACUCACCAAUCCAAAUGCCACGAGAAGCCUGGGGCUAUACUCUUGCUACGGUAUUCUUUGCCGUUAUCGGAGGCGCAUCAUUCUUUGGUCAGAUCAUCCAUACGGCCCUUCCAGCACUUCGACAAACACAUGACACCCCUGAGGAUUACUUUGAACAUAUAGCAAAGGUUUUAUAUCAUGGCCGAGUCAAGUUUAGCGCCCCUGAUCUUCACUUCAACCGCAAGUUUGGCAUCUGUUGUGACCAAGAGGGGCACUGUAUAUCUUGUCUUGAUCUUCAAGAUGAGGAAUAUGGGGAGAUUCAAGCCUUUUUGAGAAUGUUGCACAAUAGAAUACUGGAGGAUGCCCCGAACCAUCCUCUUCGACCUGGAGUACCACGCUCGGCAGAGUACUUCAAACUUCUUCAGAGUCGUCGCGAGCUGCCCGUGUCGGCCAUGCGUCAGGAAUUUCUUGACGCUUAUCAUAAAAGCAAGCGCUAUUUGAAGGUGGUCGUGCUCAUGGGCGAGACUGGUUCCGGCAAGACGACACAGGUUCCUCAGUUCGUCUGGUACGAUGAGUACGCCAGUGGCAAGAUCGUGGCUUGCACGCAGCCACGGCGUCUUGCAGCAACCAGCGUGGCAAGCCGAGUCGCCGAUGAGAUGGGCGUUACCCUUGGUGAGGAAGUAGGAUAUUCUGUGCGCUUCGACGACAAAUUUCGCUCAGACAUAUCUCGCACCGACACCCGUCUCCAGUACAUGACAGAUGGCCUACUACUCCAAGAGGCCCUUAAAGAUGCAAACUUCUCGGAAUAUGCCUGCAUCAUCAUCGACGAGGCCCAUGAGCGAACUAAGGCGACAGAUAUCCUCAUGGCACUUCUCAAGGUCGCCGUGCAGAAGCAAGACGACCUGAAAGUUGUCAUCAUGUCUGCUACCAUGGAUGCGGACAAGUUCGCUCAGUAUUUCGGCGUGGGACAGCCUUUCAACGUGCCUGGACGGCCUCACCCAGUCGAUGUCUACUAUCUUGAGAAGGCAACCCCCGACUGGAUGGUUAGUGCUUUGCAUACCGCAAAGCAUAUUACCGACAAUAUGCCUCCCGGGGAUAUUCUUCUCUUCGUUCCAACCAUCCAUAACGCAGUGGAGUGCUGCAAAAGGCUGAACGAAAAGCUUGCCAAUAGGUUGCACGCCUUGCCCCUAUAUGCUGCACUUAGUCGCAGUGAACAAGCCAAAGCCUUGUCUCAGAGUACUACAGGGACUCGCAGGUGUAUUGUGGCGACCAACGUUGCUGAAACCAGUUUGACCAUUGAUGGCAUUGUCUAUGUCAUUGAUACCGGUAUUGAGAUGCACUCUUCGUACAACCCAAGAGGUGAUAUGGAGACUCUCGAAAGCGCCGAGAUUUCCAAAGCCUCCGCCAGGCAGCGUGCUGGUCGAGCUGGUCGAACACGACCAGGCGUAUGCUUCCGCAUGUACACCAAGGAGGCGUUCGAUGAGGAUUUUGCCCCCGACAGACCACCUGGGAUUCUUUCUUCUUCCAUGAUCCAGGAGGUUCUUCAGCUCCUGUCUAUGGGCAUUCGUAACGUCGCUGGCUUCGACUUCAUCGACCCCCCUGACACAGAAGUCUAUCUUCGCGCGCUUUACGAGCUCAAUGCCAUGGGAUAUAUUGAUGACCAUGCGAAAAUCACUCCCGUGGGUAAGAUGGCAGCUCAAAUCCCGGUCCACCCCGUGUGGUACAAUGCCAUUGUUGAGGGGCAAAAACUUGGUUGUGGCGUAGAGAUGGUAGCUUUAGCUGCUCUGGGAUCUACACAGGAUCCGGUUCUCCUCCAUCCCCCACGUGUCGCCGUCGCCCGAGUUGCCCAUAGCCGUUUCACCUGCCCGAACUCGGAUCAUAUCACCAAUCUGCACGCCCUGCAUGCGUACGUUCGCACGAAGAUCCAGGACAAUAUGGAUAUGGCGCAGUGGUGCUUCGAUGCCUUCAUCGACCAAAGGGUCAUGGAGGAGGUUCUUCAAAUUCGCGAGCAGCUCAAGGCAAAGGUCCAAAGCAUGUUAGAUGCACCGCUUACAUCGGCAUCUUUCGACGAUGAGUUCGAACUCAAGAUCCGGAAGGCUCUAGCACGGAGCUUAUAUACCAACUCCGCUAUCGAAAAAGGCGAAGAUGUAUAUAUGACAGUUCACGAUGCUGUCCCCGCCGUCGUCCCCAUGACCAGUGCUCUCUUCAAACAGGGUUACCCAUGGGUAGUGUUUGACAAAGUUGCUUGUUACGGCAACAGAAUUUUUAUUGAAAAUGCCACAGCUGUCGACCCAGAGUGGCUUGCUUCAGUUGUACAGGAUCUUCCCUUCUUUCAGGACGGCAUGCUCUCGGUCAAACGCGAUGAGGCUCGAACCAUUCGACAGCCUUACGUCAAGGAGUCACUAGAUGCUGCGCGUGCUCGGUUACGAAGCAGUGCCAACUAA